CCUACCUUCAUUCCUCUCUUUUAUAGGUGUAGAGAAUCAUUCAGUCCCAUGUGCCACUCUCUUCUCUUCAAUCCCCAUACCUUCCUCUCCUCCAUCAAAAAUAAUACCAAUCCACUCUCUCUCUCUCCCCUCCCCCCCCAUCAUCCAUUAUACUUUCUAGGGUUCUGAAAAUUGACAUCCAAAGCAAAAGCUAAUUUGCCAAAAGCUGAUCAUCUUCAGCUAUACACACACAUACCCAUAUACAUAUAAUUAUAUAUAACCCCCAAUAAGGGAAACCCCACCUUUUCUUUUUCUUUUUCAGAGAAUAAUAUCAAACAGAGGAGUCUCUCUGUGUUCCAUUGGUCUCAGCUCUGCUCCCAAUUUUUUUUGGUUCUAAACAGAGGGAGAGAGAAUGUGGGUUUAGAGAGAGAAUAUGUAGACAAUUCUGUAGACAGAGAUAGAGAGAGAGAGAUGUUGGCAAUGGAGAAAGAUUUUGAUUCCAAGUUGAAAAUUCAGGGGAGUUCUUCCAAUGGUCGGAGUGUGCAGAGAUCCAAGAGCUUCGCUUUUAGGGCACCUCAAGAGAAUUUCUCUGUUCAGGAUUUUGAGUUGGGCAAGAUCUAUGGCGUUGGUUCCUAUUCCAAGGUUGUUAGGGCAAAGAAGAAGGAGACAGGAAUUGUGUAUGCAUUGAAGAUCAUGGACAAAAAGUUCAUCACCAAAGAAAAUAAAACAGCUUAUGUGAAGUUGGAACGCAUUGUGCUUGAUCAAUUGGAUCAUCCUGGCAUAGUGCGGCUAUUUUUUACAUUUCAAGAUACCUUUUCACUGUACAUGGCACUUGAAUCCUGUGAAGGUGGAGAGCUUUUUGAUCAAAUAACCAGGAAAGGCCGUUUGUCAGAGGAUGAAGCUCGCUUCUAUGCAGCAGAAGUUGUGGAUGCACUUGAAUACAUACAUAGUCUAGGCUUGAUACAUCGUGAUAUUAAGCCCGAGAACUUGCUGCUUACUGCAGAAGGACAUAUUAAAAUUGCCGAUUUUGGGAGUGUAAAGCCUAUGCAGGAUAGCCGAAUUACAGUCCUUCCUAACGCUACAUCAGAUGAUAAGGCUUGUACGUUUGUGGGGACAGCUGCAUAUGUUCCUCCAGAAGUUCUCAAUUCUUCUCCUGCAACUUUCGGAAAUGACCUCUGGGCACUUGGCUGCACCUUGUACCAAAUGCUUUCAGGGACCUCUCCUUUCAAAGAUGCAAGUGAAUGGCUCAUUUUCCAAAGAAUUAUAGCCAGAGAUAUUAGAUUUCCUGACUAUUUUUCAGAGGAGGCAAGAGAUCUCAUUGACCGGUUAUUGGAUUUAGAUCCCAGCAGAAGACCAGGUGCUGGACCUGAUGGUUAUGCGGUACUCAAGAUGCACCCAUUUUUUAGGGGAGUUGACUGGAAGAAUUUAAGAGGACAAACCCCUCCAAAACUUGCUCUGGAACCAGGGGUUCAAUCAAGUGAGGGUGAUGAUGUUCAGAAUUCAUCAUGGAACCUUUCACACAUCGGGGAUGGUUCAGCAAGACAAGCUGAUGUGAAUUCUGGUGCUGCAUCAUCAUCUGAAGGAUCUGCCCAUAUAACUAGGCUUGCUUCAAUUGAUUCGUUUGAUUCAAAGUGGCAACAGUUCCUGGAUCCUGGGGAAUCUGUUCUUAUGAUCUCAAUGGUGAAGAAAAUACAGAAAUUAAGUAGCAAGAAGGUGCAGCUUAUCCUCACCAACAAGCCCAAAUUGAUCUAUGUGGACCCUUCAAAACUGAUUGUAAAGGGAAACAUAAUUUGGUCAGACAAUCCUAAUGACCUCAGCGUCCAAGUCACAAGUCCUUCACAUUUCAAGAUUUGCACACCAAAAAAGGUGAUGUCAUUCGAGGAUGCAAAACAAAGAGCAUGGCAGUGGAAAAAGGCUAUUGAAGGACUUCAAAACCGGUAAAAUCUGUUCGUGAUUUUUACAAUACAUUCUUUGGAUGUUAUGAUUUUGUAGAGCAACAUGGUGAUUCUCCAGCAUUUGACACCCCUGAGAAUUAUUUAUUGAAUGAAAGAGAUUCGGGUUGCAUAUUCGGUUCUUCCAAGGUGCAAAGCUGGCCCCCAAAAAAUUCCCCUCCUCUCACUGCUUAAAUCUGAGUUUGUGACGAGGGUUUUCCAUAAUUUUUCAUGCAUUUUGUGGUGUAAUCUGUACAAUGUGAAGUUGUAACUGUAGGGCUUUUAGGGGGGCUGGGUUCAUCCCUUGUUCACUGUAAGAAAAGGACAAUACAUAAAAUGAAAUUUUCUUUUUGUGGAAUCA